AUUUUCUGAGGUAAAACUCAUUUGUAAACCUCGCCUAAACUCUCUCAGUCCCAUCUCCCUUUCUUUCUCUCUCACCCGCGACGCGAGUCCCCGCACCCUCCGGCGAACGGCGGCGCCGUGAUCUCUCCCCAAAGCAGCCAUCGCAGUUAGCAUGGGGGAGGAAGAAGAUGACCCUGAUUGGCUCCGCGCGUUUCAGGCACCAAGUACAGCACCAGUGAUGCUUUCUUCUGGGUCUGAUGCUUCGCCUGAUGCUAGUCCUACAAGGACUACUCCAUCUAGAGAACAUGGAAAAGGAGAAAAGCAGGACAAUUCAGAUCAUGCAGGUGAUAGAGCUGAUGCUGCACAAAAUAAGGGCAAAACUCCGACAGCUAGUAGGAGAAAAAAUCUGGCUAGUAAAAAAGAUGCUUUUGGAAAACAUGAGGGACCAACCACAGAUGAAAAACAAGAUAACACUCCUAGACGCUUGACUCCAAAGAAGGAUUUGGUUACACUUUCAUCUGGUUCUGAUGCUUCCCCUGGAAACAGCCCUUCAAGGGCUGGUGAAACUAAUCCUGAAGAGGGCUCACUUAACACUGCCAAGAGAAAAGAUAAUCAGCAAGCUAAGAGUAAAAAACCAAAGGUUGCUGGACCAAAAGCUGAUCCAGAUCAAACAGACAACUUGGAAAACCAAGAGGAAGUUGCUGAGGAAGACAUGCAAUAUAAACUUACAGGGAACUCUGUCUCCCAGAGGUUGCCAUUAAUAUUUCCUGAUAAAGUUCAACGUUCAAAGGCAUUGAUCGAAUGUGAUGGUGACUCAAUAGAUUUGAGCGGAGAUAUUGGAGCUGUUGGGAGGAUCGUAGUUUCAAACGGUCCUACUGGAAAUCAGGAUUUGUUAUUGGACCUGAAAGGAACAAUAUACAAAACAACUAUAGUUCCAUCCAGGACAUUUUGUGUAGUGAGUGUGGGACAAUCAGAAGCAAAGAUAGAGGCUAUAAUGAAUGACUUCAUUCAACUGGAACAGCAGUCCAACUUAUUUGAAUCGGAGACUAUGAUGGAAGGUACCCUUGAUGGGUUCACAUUUGAUUCAGACGAGGAGGGCGACAAGCUUCUUGAAUCACAUGCUUAUCAAAACAAUCAGAACAAUGACGAUGGAGAUCAGCCUAAGGCGAAAACCAAAAGAAAAGCUGAGAAACCAGUGGGGAAGGGACAGAAGAAGGCAAAGAUUGCAGGAAAGGCUCCUAAGAAGGGAGCAAGGAAAACCCAGACUACAAAGAGAACUAGGAAGACGAAGAAAUGAUGAACUGCAGACAUAAUCAGUAUUAUACAUCUUAUCUUUGUUUGGUCCAGGAUAUAGCUAUUGCGACAUCUGGGCUCAUCGGUGUACCAUCAUUUACUUGUUUCUAGAAAGAAAAGAGAAUAUGCAACAUUGCAAAGCCACAAUACCUGGAUACCAUGUAACGUUUUUGUUUCUAGUUUGUGAGCGCUGUAUCCUCAUUUUCAUAUCGCAUCUCAAACUUUGUUUUUGAGAGGGACUAGUCUGUGGCUUUCUGAAACCCUGGAAUUUCAAACAAAUUCAGUCCAUGGCCGAUACCGUUUCUGGCCAGUUUGUUUGUUCAAUUUAAAUGUAAGAUCUUGAACUUGACCGA